CUGUGCGCUCUGAGCUCGGCUGUGUAGGUCUGUUCAGGCUGAGUAAUAGAUACACACACACACACACACACACACACAUGUGGACGCACCGGUAACAGUGUCUGUAAGUCAUGGCGGAAGUGAUGGGCUGUAAACAGAAACGAGACCCCUCUGCAUCCUUGUGUGAUGUGGUGUGUAAGAGGUUGAAGGUGAAUGGAGAACAUGGAGAACUCCUGCAGGAUGAGGACACGCCCCGUCUCUCUCGUCCUGAUGAUCAGCUCUGUGACAGGGUCAGCGUGAGGGACGUGUCUGAGUUACUGCAGUGCGUCACACUGAGGAAACACCAUGAUGUGAAGAAACCCAGUUGGUGUCGUCUCCAUCAGGAGGACAGGGUGGAGAGGGUGCACGUGGCCGUGCUCGAGGGCGUGGCCCAGCUCCACUUCUACACACACUACUCUCAGUUCAAACAUCUCCGCUCCAAGUACACUACUAGAUGUACCCUAGCGCCCUCCUCAGGCGACCUCCUGUCCGAACUGUUCAACUCGGACCUCUCAGCUCCUGACGGUGCAGCUGUGUCCGGGUCAGAGCGCCACACAGCGCCCCCUACAGCUGACGUGGGUUGUCACCCCGUGGUUCGGCGCUACGGUGUGAAGAGGAAAGGAAUGAGCAGCUACCUGCUGACUGAGCAGGAGAGGAUUAAGAAGAACUUCCCUGUUAAAGGUGGGCGGGGCUUCGAGUCGUUUGUCUGCACGCAGGCUGAUGAUCACGUGACCGACAGCAGCCCUCUGUAUGGUCUGGACUGUGAGAUGUGUAUCACACAGGAAGGUCCAGAGCUGACUCGUGUUGCCGUGGUGACCAGCAGGGGGCAGUGUGUAUUAGACGAGCUGGUGAAACCUUUUAACGCCAUCAUCAACUACUGCACCAGGUUCUCAGGGAUCACUCGCUCCAUGCUGAAGAACGUAACAACACGACUUCAUGAAGUCCAGACGAAACUCAUGGCUCUGUUGCCACGAAACGCAGUGCUGGUUGGCCACUCCCUCGACAACGACCUGCGCGCCCUCAGACUGAUCCACCCGCAUGUGAUUGACACGUCACUGCUCUACCGCAAAGAGUUCGGACAGAGAUUCAAGCUGAAGCUAUUAGCCGAGGUCAUUCUGAAGAGGGAGAUUCAGAGUGAAGAGAGGAGAGGUCAUGACCCAUGUGAGGAUGCACAAGCUGCUCUGGACCUCGCUCACUAUUUCAUCACCAAGGGACCGAGACAGGUUGUUGAAUGUCAUCUUCAGGACCUUUGGGGAGUUGAGCCUUUUCCUGUAAAUGGAGCUCUGAAUGGAUCAGUAAACACACACCCCGCAAGCUCUCUCCUGUUUGGACACGCCCUUCACAAGGCCGGCCUACCAGCUCUAUUUCUUGGCCAAUCAGAUGCACUUAAUGGCGUCUCCUCCAAUCAUCUGUGGCGCAGACAUUACUGUAACUCCGAUAAGGAGACUGUGUGUGUGUUUCAGCGUGUGUGUCAGUCGUAUUCUCUCAGUUUGGUCCAGUUCUCAUCGCUCUCAGAAGAUCUGAGGAAAAAUCCAACAGGAGAAACACACACGCUGCAGCAGAUGGCAUUGAGGUUAAAACUGAUGUGUGUGUUGUUUGUGGGACCGUUGCCACACACUUACACAGAGAAGAACGUACACACGCUGCUGAAGCCCUACGGUACACUGCGGUCAGUCAGCCUACUGCAGAGCACACACGCGCUGCACGCUGUAGUUGAGUUUCACCUUUUAGAAGGAGCUCAACUCGCUCUGCAGUCUCUCAGCAGUCUCCAAGUGCAGGACACUGUGGUAAAGCUGCAGCGUCCUGUUAGCGAGCUGACUCUGGAUCUGGAAGCAUCUCUUGCUGAACUACAGAACGACAUCCAGAACAGUCACAUGAUCUAUGUUGGCGGGUUGUCACGGCGACACCAUCACCAUGAUGACCUCCUAAAUGCUUUCAGUGCAUUUGGUCGCAUUUGUGACAUCACGCCUGCCAAGGGUUCUGGGAAAUCUCAAAGGCACACACGCAUCAAGUUUGUCAGCUCUGACAGUGUGUGUGCUGCCCUCGACUCCGUGGUGCAGUUGGGAAACAGGAAGUUAAACAUGUGUCGCGCACUCACACCUCCACACAUGCACACCUGGACACACACAAACCCUGUUACCAUGGAAACAAACGGAGAGGCAGCAGGUUCAGAGGAGCGGACAGUAAGUGAGGAGGCGGAGCCUGCAGGACUCACCUGUGCACAGGAUGGAGGGAUGCAGUGUGUGAUGCGGGGAUUGGACAGGAACGUGGGGAAAAUGUUCAGGGCGUUGGAGAGACACACACUCAGCAUCGUCAUCCUCCCUGGGAUUAUACGCGACAAAGUGGAAUAUCCUGGCCUCUGUUUCAUUCAGGUGAAGCAGGUCUAGGUCAAAGGUCACCAGUCCUCACCUCAGGGUCACUACGGCAACCAAUGAACCUCAGCCCAUGAAAUGGACUUCACUGUUAUUCAGUGUGUGUGUGUGUGUGUGUGUG